GUCAUUUGAUCUGACGAUUCAGUCUGCUGCUACGAAAAGCAAAGAGGAGCUCAAGUCGAUUCUAGUAUCACCAAGUCAAAGUUUGCAGUCACUUGUACAACUUCAAGUGGAGAGGUCUCUCUGCAAAAGGUCAAUUCAAGGCAACUAAUCCUCUUUACAAGAGUGUGCCUUACCUAUAAAUCUUUCAUUUUGAAAGCUAUUCCAACAUCAAGUCCGAGCAGACUUUGAAGAUACCUUCGACAAGAAGAGUGAAAUAUCCGAACUCAUCGGCAAUUCAACACAGCUACAAAAGCCAUGGGUCUUCUCACAUUCAGCGGAGAGAAUCUUCCAUUUUCUGAGAUCAAGAAAUAUGCUGAUCACAUUAAAAAACACGGCAUCAUCCAAUUCAUCAACACGUACAACCGAGUCAAGAACAGGACAUACGAUACACUUAAGUGGGGAGACGAGGUGGAGUAUCAAAUGCUUGCACUUGAUCAUCAGAACAAAACAGUUAAACUGGUUCUCAAAUCCUCAGAAAUUUUGCCAACGUUGCAGAAGGAAGAAAAUGAAAACCCAGGGAAAACAGAAACGGCGUAUCGGGUUGAAAUGGGCGAAUUCAUGAUUGAAUCAAGCCCUGGUCAACCUUAUGGUGGCUGCAUGAGACAUUUCAACCGAGUCGAGGCAAACAUGAAACUGAGACGCGAGGAAAUCCAGGCUUUGCUAGGCUACAAUGAAACUGUUUUGCCUCUUUGCGUUUUUCCAAGGCUUGGCUGCCCAGAUUUCACAUCACCGCAUUUGGAGGUGAACCCGGAAACGAACCCAAUCAUGAAGUCACUUUACAUUCCAGAUGCAUGCCUUACCCAGAUGCAUCCUCGAUUCAUGAACUUAGCAGGCAAACCGAUGCAGAGAAAGGGAGAAAGAGUUACCCAGAACAUUCCAAUUUACCGUGAUUUGAACACUCCAGACCCUUUUUUGGAGACGUUUCGGCAAGACGAUGGCCAAGCUGCCAAAGACUCUCGCCCCAAUCACGUCUAUUUAGACAAUGUACUCUUUGGCCUGGGAAUGUGCUGCACGCAGGUGACGUUUCAAGGGUGCAAUAUCGACGAAGCUAGGAUUCUGUAUGAUCAGCUGGCUGUAUUGGCCCCAAUUAUGCUUGCCUUGUCUGCCGCUACCCCAGCGACAAAAGGGUAUCUCCUGAACACUGACUGCAGAUGGGGCAUCAUUUCUGGCUCCGUAGACGACAGAACCGAAGAGGAACGAGGGCUCAAGCCUCUGAAAGAAAACAAAUUUCAGAUAAGGAAAUCACGAUAUGAUUCUAUUGACAUGUACAUAUCACCAGAAGGCGCCAUGUACAAUGACAUUCAAAUUGAUUAUGAACAAGAACACAUGGACAUGCUGCUAAAGGCUGGAAUCGACCAGCAACUUGCUACACACAUCGCCCACUUUUUUAUCAGAGAUCCAAUCUCAUUGUUUUCUGACAAGAUUUACGUGGAUGAUGAAAACGAACUCGAACAUUUUGAUAAUAUUCAAUCGACAUGCUGGCAAACGAUUCGAUUCAAGCCACCACCUCCAGGAUCUGACAUGGGAUGGAGAGUCGAAUUUAGGCCAAUGGAAGUGCAGCUGACUGACUUUGAGAAUGCUGCGUACACGGUUUUUGUUGUCCUCAUGACCAGAGUUAUCCUUUCCUUCAACUUGAACAUGCUGGUGCCAAUCUCAAAGAUGGAAGAAAACAUGAAAACUGCAUUGAAAAGAGAUGCAGCCCACAAAGGAAAAUUCUACUUCAGGAAGAAUAUUGAAAAAUGUUUUGAUGAGAAUUUCAAUGACUGCGGCAACAGUGACUACGAGUUGAUGAGCAUUGAUACCAUUAUCAACGGCAAGGAUAACGAAUUCCCUGGGCUCAUACCUUUGAUCAAUUCCUACAUGGACCACAUUGAUGUUGACAUUGACACAAGAUGCACCAUCAGCCAAUACUUGCGGCUCAUCUCUAAGCGAGCGACAGGAGAGUUAAUGACAACAGCCAGCUGGAUAAGAUCAAAAGUUCGAAGUCACCCAAACUACAAAUUCGAUUCAGUGGUGUCAGAUGAAAUCGUUUACGACCUUGUCCAAGAAGCAUCAAAAAUUGCAGUAGGCCAGGCAGGCAGCGCAGAGCUUCUCGGGGCUCCAAUCAGCAAAACAAGCUGCUAUCUUCCUGAUAAAUGCAAAAAGAUGCAAGAACAUAUCGAUGAAUUUUCAAAAAUCAUGAAAAUUACAAAACACAGUGGAAGAAUCACUGGUGCUCAGUGUUAAAGGAAAAUUUUUAAAAUGACAAUCAAAAUUUUUGAUCGGUUUUGUUAUGUUUGGAGAAAUUGAUUUGAACAAUAAGAAAUGUAUUUAAAAAUUUUUUUAGAUUGUCUUAAUCAUUUUUUAUCGACAAAGAUGUUCUUAAAUGAUAUGAUGGCAUUGAAAAAGAGGUUUUUCGGAGCUCCACUUUCAGGAGAGCAGACUGAAUGCUGACAAUCUUGAGCUGAUUGAUUCAAGUACUUGACCUCGUUUUGAGAUAUUUGGUAAUUGUUUCUAUAAUUUUAUUGCAAACUCCUUACAAAGUUGUUUAUGUCACGUAUUCUCAAUCUUACUUGUUAAGCUUUUUGUAGAAUUUCCUUAUCAUGGAAUUUUUAAUUGUUUUUCUUUAAAUUCGAAGUAUUACGAAGUCAUUAAGCUCGCAAUGUGUUAUUUACUUACUGUUUGAAUAAACAAAAAUUGUUAUAUAUCAGAUAGAAACUAUCAGUUGUUGUACUUAAAUCUUUUUUGGAUUAGCAUGUAUAGUAUGUAGCUGUGCACAUAUUAGUUUUGCUGUUAGCUUGACACUCAAGCGUAAGACUUGAAAAUGCAUAGUAAUUGAAAAAAUAUUUAAAUCGAAUAA